GGGAGACCAGAUAUAGUGAAUGUGGGGUCCAGGGAGAACAGAUAUAGUGAAUGCAGGGUCCGGGGAGAGCGGAUAUAGUGAAUGCAGGGUCCGGGGAGACCAGAUAUAGUGAAUGCAGGGUUUGGGGAGACCAGAUAUUGUGAAUGCAGGGUCCGGGGAGACCAGAUAUAGUGAAUGCAGGGGUCCGGGGAGAGCAGAUAUAGUGAAUGCAGGGUCCGGGGAGAGCGGAUAUAGUGAAUGCGGGGUCCGGGGAGAGCGGAUAUAGUGAAUGCGGGGUCCGGGGAGACCGGAUAUAGUGAAUGCAGGGGUCCGGGGAGACCAGAUAUAGUGAAUGCAGGGUCCGGGGAGACCAGAUAUAGUGAAU